UCCCUUCCCCUCCGUCACCGGGGCCGUGCUGCACGCUCCCGUCAUCACGCCAGGAGGAGGCAGCCUGCUGGAGCUGAAUCCGACGAGGAUGAGGAUGAUGAUGGCGGUGAUGGGGGAGCAGCGUUGAGUUCGCUCCGUUUUCUUCCCCCCCUUUUUUUAACAUCCCCUCCCCAUCAAUUCAAUUUUAAUGCCAGAGUAAAAGAGAAUUAAGCGGGGAAAAAAGGAGAAGAUUUGACCUCAUUCCUUUCUUCACCUCCCUCCGUCUCCUGAGCUGAGACCGAGAUGGGGAAUGAAGCGAGCAUGGAGGGCGGCGGGGAGCCGGGAGCUGCCGGGAUGAUGGGGUCGGUCAUGCCCGGUGGACCCGGAGCAGGACCGGGGGCAGGACAGCACACGAAGCCGGUCAACGGAGCAGCUGCUGGAGGAGGAAUGGGAAUGACGGGCCCUGGGAUGGGAAUGACGAGGGGUCCCAUGGGUCCGAUGGGUAGUCCCAAACCUGGCACGAAGCAAGGUGGAAUAGGCGGAGGAGGAAUGGCAGGAAUGGGUGGAGGACUGGGAGGAGGGAUUGGUGGAGGAAUGGGUGGAGGGAUGGGAGGUGGAAUGGCAGGGAUGGGUGGAGGAAUGGGUGGAGGGGGAUGGGAGGAAUGGGUGGUGGAAUGGGUGGAGGGAUGGGUGUUGGAAUGGGAGGAGGAGGGAUGA